CACUAAAAUCGGUUAGAUCAUCUUUGAUCCACUUCACAAGAGUUCUCGACCAGAGAGGUAGCCAGCAACACUUGAGAAAUUAGAUCCACUAGUCCGAAGACUUACCACCAAACAACAAUGAAAUACCUCUUUCUUUUGUGCCUGAUUCUUGGCAUCGCCUUGACACAAGGAGCCCCAGCCCCAGAGGAAAAGAAGGAAGACGAAAAAGACACUGGCGACUUCGAUGACGACGUUACGGACGAUGCUGACGAUGAAGACGAUGAAGAUGACGAGGAUGAUGAAGAUGAUGGUGAAGACAGCAGCGAGGGAGACGAUAUGGAUGAUACCGAUGAAGAGAAGAGGGACAAAAUCCCCAAAGAAAACGAUGAAACCAAGGAGGACAACCCCGAUGCCCCCGAGAAGAAGGAGGACGAGAAAGUCAACGACAAAGAAACUGAGGAAAAAGACAGCGACAAGGAGGAAGACAAAGAAGCCGACAAAGAAGACGAGGAGGACAAGAAGGAAGACAAGGAUAAGGAUGACGAUGAAGAUGAGUUGAGUGACGAUCUAGAUGACGAAGAUGAUGAAGACGAUGAAGAUGAUGGUGACGAUGAGGAUGACGAAGACGAUGAGGAUGAUGAAGACGAUGGCGAUGAUGAGGAUGAUAGCGAGGACAGCAGCGAGGGAGGCAAGAAGGAAGACGAGAAGAAAGAAGUGAAGAAAGAGGAAGACAAGGAAGAAGAGAAGAAGGAUGAUGCCACCAAGAAAGCAGAUGAUGAUGACGACGAUGAUGACGACGAUGACGAUGAUGAUGACGAUGAAGAAGAUGACAAGGCCGCCAAGAAGCCUGAAGUAAAGAAGGCGGAAGACAAAACCGCUGAUGCCCCUAAAGAGGAGAAGAAGACACAGUAAAAAACUUAUCUUGCUCCUUUCAACGCGACAUACUUAACCAAAUAUAACAUCUAUACUAUACAUCACACUGACCGGCGCAUUGUUAACACUUAAUAAAGCAGUUACGGAGGACUUUUACUUCACUCAUUCAAGAGUGAUUUUUUAGAUGAAACCUAGUUUGUAAAAUUAACUGGAAAAUGUUUAAAAUACCUUUUAACGAGUGAAUACAACGUGGCGCAGGGAGAUUAAUUUACUGCUCUGUGAUUCACAUGAUGAAUUCGCUUGUUGGAAGUUAUGUACCAGUCAAAUAAUGGGCUCAAUAAUAAAGAGUUAUUUUUGGAUUGACAUA